AUGAAGUUUGGUUCCAGCAUUGCUCUUCUGGCCUUUGGCCUCUACAAUGCCGUUCGUGGCGACGCUGUUCCUUGGGAGCGUCUUGACAAGAAUGAUGCUCUGCUCCUCAUUCUCGAUCUACAAGUUGGUCUGUUCCAAGUUGCCCGCGACUGGGACCCGACUCUUUACUAUAACAACAUCAUGGCCCAUGCCGAGCUCGGCAAGCUCUUCAACCUCCCAGUCGUCCUGACUACCUCUGCCGACACUGGCCCCAACGGUCCGUUGCCCAAGGAGCUUCUUGAGCUGUACCCUACCGCUCCUCUCAUCCGCCGCCAGGGCGAGGUCAACGCCUGGGACAACGCCGAGUUCCGAGCUGCCAUCAAAGCGACCGGCAAGAAGCAAAUCAUUGUCGCCGGCAUCACCACCGACGUCUGCACCGCCUUCCUCGCCUUGGCUCUUCGCUCCGAAGGCUACUCCGUCUUUGCUAAUGUUGAGGGCUCCGGCACGUACACCGAGCUCGUCCGCGACACGGCCAACUCGCGCAUGCAGCAGGCUGGCGUCCAGCUCGUUUCGCUCUUCUCCAUCGUCUGCGAUCUUAUGCGGGAUUGGCGCGCUACCCCUGGUGCCAAGGAGAUUCUGCCGUACUUUGACAAGUACAUGCCUGUUUACGGUCAGCUUGCUCGCCACCACGCGGCGGCUGUUGAGAAUGGCACUCUCAUCCCCAGUGAGGUUGAGCUGAUCACGGGUAACAAUGGCACAAUUGUCGUCUAA